AUGGUUCUACUCACCCACGUUCUGCGUUCGUUAUACGCCGAUGGCGAGGGUUCCCUCGCCCGCCGCUGGCAAUUCCAAGAUGAAGAACCGCUCAAGGGUAGCGACCGGUCGCUCUUUAUCGCUAUGGGAACCAUUGCCAUCUGCUCAUUAUGUUCUACCCUGGGCCUCUUGUCGUUCCUUACUUAUCGUUUCAUUUACUGGCAGCGGUACUACAAGCACCCGCUCGCUAAGAACCAAUAUGUCGUUUUGAUUUAUAACCUGUUGCUGAUCGACUUCCAACAGGCCAUCGCUUUCACGAUCAGUCUAUACUGGGUCCACCGGGGAAGUGUUCACUUUGGUGAGGCUGCCUGUUACUUACAAGGCUGGUGGAUUCAAACAGGAGAUCCUGGCAGUGGUCUAUUCGUCCUUUCUAUCGCCUUUCACACUGGAUUUGUCGUGCUACGUGGUCGUCAGCUGCCUUGGAACGUUUUCGUCGGCUGUGUGAUUGCCUUAUGGAUCUUUAUCCUUGUCCUGGGGUUCAUUCCAAUCGGCCUCUAUGGACACAAGUCCUUCGUCAUUUCCGAAGCCAAUUGGUGCUGGAUCAGCCCUGAACACGAAAAUGAGCGCCUCUGGGGUCACUACUUCUGGAUUUUCCUCUCCGAAUUCGGCACCAUCGUCCUAUAUGCGGUCAUGUUCCUCUACCUCCGCCGCCGGAUGGCACAAGCAAAGAUGCUCCGCCGAGGCCAGCAAGAGUCCCUCAAACGAUUGAACCGUGUCGUCGUGUACAUGGUUAUCUACCCCCUCGUCUACCUGUGUAUGUCGCUACCACUCGCAGCCGGUCGCAUGGCCAGUGCCCGGGGUGACACGCCCAGCAAGACCUUCUUUGGUGUCGCCGGCUGCCUGAUGGCUUUGUCCGGUUUCAUGGAUGUUGCUGUGUACACUCUGACCCGUCGCCACCUGCUCAUCGACACGGAGCACAGCACCACCGACCACAACUACGACAACAACAACACCGACUCCCAAUGGCAAACGAAUAUCACCACCACCGCUGGCGGCCGGUCGCGCAAGGGCUUGAAGAAGGGAUCAAGGUUCGGUUCCAAAUUCCGCCGCAGCAACGCUGCCGAAAAAGAAAGCCAAAGUCCAUUCGAGGGCGGCUCUACCGAUGAUAUCGUCGCGAAGAAUGACAUGGAGAUGUCCAACUUCGGUGGUGUAUACCAGGAAACCACCAUCGAGAUUUCUCAUGAGCCCGUCUCCGAGAUUGAAGCAGAGGAGCGAAGCGCGCGUCACAGCGGCUAA